AAUACUAGCUACUUAGUUCAUCGAUCAGCUCCUCCCUCCCUCGUGCCAAGCCGCGCGGCCAACAUGAAGCACGGCAACAGCAUGCUGCUCCAGCUAGCACUACUCAUCUCUCUGUCGCUCGCCGGCGGCGUCGCCGUCGUCGUCGGCGGAAGCGCACCGACGAGCACGCACCUCCUGUUCUACAUGCACGACCUCGUGACGGCAUAUCCGGGGGCUCCGGCGACGGCGGUACGUGUGGCCAGGGGCACGACGCCGCUGCCUACGGCCGGCAGCCUCCGGUUCGGGGACACAUUCGUCGUCGAUGACGCGCUGACGGAAGGGCCCGACGCGGCGUCCCGCGCCAUGGGCCGCGCGCAGGGGUUCUACCUGUUCGCGUCGCAGACGGAGCUGGCGCCGCUGCUCUGCGUCAACGUCGUGUUCACGGCGGGGCCUCACAACGGCAGCACCGUCGCCGUGCUGGGCAGGGACCUCAUCCUUGACAAGGUCGACGUCAGGGAGCUCGCCGUCGUCGGCGGCACCGGCACGUUGCGCGGCGUCACCGGGUAUAGCGAGUUCAGGACCCACACCUUGAACGCAACCGACGGCAACGCCGUGCUCAAGAUUGACAUGUACCUGAGCCUGAGCGUGUAGCAGGCCUGUUUGCGUCGCGACGUUGCACCGAUUGAUGGUCUAGAUUUCUACCAGUACCAGGGCACUGAGCCCAACAGACCCGUACUACGUACAUCCAUAAUACUACGUUAUUUAUAUAUUUCAUGUGUAGUAAAGUCUAUUGUGAUCUUUCGAGAAAAAAUGAAAUAAGUCUUAUAUUUGUGACACAA